GUCCAGUUUAAAUUGUUGUCCUUGCAAACGGUCUCCCUUCUCCGACCUUUCACAAUCAAUCCACGGGACACACUACCGGACCUCAGCUGAGCAGAGAGCUUCCUUUCUUUUUCUUAGCAAAUCUUCAACAGCUCUACUUGAACUCAACCCAGCUGUGAACUGUCUCUUCAUCUUCCGCUUUUCUCCUUUUCUUUAUGUCCUCGUCUCAUCACAAACCAUGCCUGCUCACAAACCCCACCUCCUCCUCCUUAUUCUUCCGAUCCUCCUCCUCCUCCUUCCCUCCGCCGUUCAUUCCCGGCCCCUCUCUUCUUCUCAGUCCUCCGAUCUGAUUUCUGAUGGGUUCCACUCCCUCCGGACCCCGCCUUACAUCCUUCUCAAUCCCUUCUCUGCUGAGGAAUCCUGUGAGCAAACCUAUGGCUUCAUGCCCUGUACCUCCACUGUGCUUGGUAACUUGUUUUUGAUCAUUGUGUACGGCUACCUAAUGUUCGUAGCUGCUACCUACUUGUCCACUGGUAGCGAGCUUUUGCUUCAGAUGUUGGGCCCUGGAAUCGUUGGUGGAUUGUUUCUUCCCAUGCUUGGCGCCCUUCCUGAUGCUAUGCUCAUCCUUGUAUCUGGACUUUCUGGGAGUACAGCAACAGCUCAGAGCCAGGUCUCUGUUGGAAUGGGCUUGCUGGCUGGGUCAACUGUCAUGCUGGUUACCGUAAUUUGGGGAUCCUGCAUUGUUGUUGGCAAAUGUGACCUUGGGGAGACAGAUUCUGUUGCGAUAAAUGGACAGAACACAAAGGGAUUCAGCUUAACUGGCACCGGUGUUAGCACUGAUAUUUGGACAUGCUAUGCAGCAAGGAUAAUGGUUAUAUCUGUUAUCCCAUUUAUUGUUGUUCAACUUACACAACUCCUCCAUUCAGCUUCAGGAAGGCACUUAGCAGUCUUGAUUGUGCUUAUUUUAUCUCUCUUAAUGUUGAUUUCUUAUUGCCUUUAUCAGGUCUUUCAGCCAUGGAUCCAGAGGAGACGACUUGCCUAUGUAAAGCUCAAACAUGUGAUGUCAGGAAUUUUGAAACAUUUAAGACAGCGUGCUUUGGGAAGGUUCCUGACUGAUGAUGGUCAACCUAACAAAGAUGUGAUGGAAAAGUUGUUUCAUGCUAUUGAUGAGAAUCAUGAUGGUAGACUCUCAGCUUCUGAAUUAAAAGCGCUGAUAUUAGGAAUUCGUUUUGAAGAGAUUAACUUUGAUAGGGAUGAUGCUGUGGAUAAAAUAAUGAAAGAUUUUGAUAUUAUUAGGCGCGAUAAUUAUAUUGAUUGUAAUGAGUUCGUCCAUGGUAUCUCCAAAUGGAUUGAAGAGGCAAAGCGAUCAGGGGCAGUCAUAACUGACCCCAGCUCUCGGACAUUCACGUAUUUAGAUAACUUUCAGCGGCAAGCAAAGAGGGAACAUGCUCUGUUGGGGCUUGAGGAUCAAGUGGAGGAUCAAAGCAAUGAGGUUGUAGAGGGUGUUGAAAACCCCAAGUGGAUCUCCAUCAAAGCAGUAUUAAUGUUGUUAUUAGGAACCAUUAUUGCUGCUGUAUUUGCUGAUCCUCUGGUGGAUGCUGUUGACAAUUUUUCCGAUGCAACAAGUAUUCCUACUUUCUUUAUCUCUUUUAUUGCACUGCCCUUGGCUACCAACUCUAGUGAGGCUGUGUCGGCAAUUAUCUUUGCUAGCCGGAAGACAUGUACAACUGCUUCAUUAACAUUUUCUGAGCUAUAUGGAGCAGUAACCAUGAAUAAUCUCCUUUGCCUUUCGGUAUUCUUGGCGCUUGUUUAUAUCAGAGGAUUGACAUGGGACUUUUCAUCUGAAGUUCUGGUUAUUUUCAUCGUGUGCAUUGUGAUGGGUGCUUUUGCCAGUUUCCGCAACACAUUCCCUCUCUGGACGUCCUUAUUGGCUUACCUCCUCUAUCCUUUCUCACUGGCAUUGGUCUAUGUUCUUGAUUAUAUUUUUGGUUGGUCAUAGGUUCAUGCAAGUUAAAAUCUUUGUGUGGGUUCUGCUGUUGCACUUUAGGAGGGUGCUGGCUUCCUGCUUGAUAUUUUGUAUGUACAAGAUGAGAACUUGCCAGGGAGCAAGACUUUAUUAAACAUGAAGAAUUAAAUUAUGUGACUUUGAAAAUAUAAGGCUUGAUUAGUGCAUUAUAUCAAA